ACAUAGGACAUGAACAUUGUUCUCAGUAGUGUUGUUUGGCUGGCGUUGCCAGCCGUUUAUCGUUUUUAAAAACCGCAGCGUCAUCAAUUUAGAUAAAAUUUUGUUUGCGACGAUUAAACGUUAACAAGCUACUAAUUCCGUAGUACAAAUAAAUACCAAUCAGUGCUUGGAAUUAAUUUUAGGGUGUGAAGAGUCUUUGAAUAGAAUUAAAAAAUAUUAGAUAGCUAAAUAUACCUACUGACAAAAUAAUGUUUACAACACGUGUUUGCGCCGUUGUCAUACUUUGCCUACAAAUUAUCCUGAGUGCUCUCGCGGAUAUUGAACCUAAGUCAAUAUACGAUUUUACAGCCAAAGAUAUUUAUGGAAAUGAAAUAUCUUUGGGAAAGUACAAGGAUCAUGUUUGCAUUAUCGUCAACGUAGCUUCCGAAUGUGGCCUCACGAACUCCAACUACGACCAACUUAACGAGCUCUACAAGAAAUAUAAAAAUCAAGGACUGAAAAUUCUUGGAUUUCCCAGCAACGAAUUUGGAGGCCAGGAACCUGGAAGCGAUGAGGAUAUUUUGAAAUUUGCCAAAGGAAAAGGUGUCGAGUUUGAUCUUUUCUCAAAAAUUCAAGUUAAUGGUAGCAAUGCUCAUCCCCUAUGGAAAUACCUUAAAUCUCAACAGGGUGGCUUUAUGGUUGAUGCCAUCAAAUGGAACUUUACCAAGUUUCUGGUCGAUAAAAAUGGUAAGGUAGUGCAGAGAUAUGCUCCGACCACUUCGCCCAGUGACAUGGUUGAAGAUAUAGAGAUUUACCUUAGAAGUUCAAAUACUAAAGGUGAACUUUAAUGAAUGCUAAUUAUUUGGAGUAAUUAGCAAUGAAAUGCUCUCUACGUUUGUUAUAAAAUAAUUAUGUUUAUUUAGCAGAUAAUAUUUUUAAAGUUUGGAAUAAGUAGGUUGGUAUAAAAAUAUUUUUUUCAAACAGGAAUCCAAAUAAAACUAUUUCAUAAAAAAUA